AUGUCUGUAGAUUUCACGUCAAAGGCCGUAGAUCUCUUGAAGCGUGCGACCACGCUUGACGAGUCAAAGGAGUAUGAGGAGGCAUACCGCUGGUACAUGGACUCCAUUGAGGUUUUCAUGACGGCCAUCAAGUACGAAAAUAAGAAUCCAACAAAGAAGGAAAUGCUAAAGAAUAAGGUGCGCCAAGUGAUGGAGCGGGCGAAGAUGAUCAAGGAGUACUUGGAUGGGUCCAAGGAGGGCGACAACGGUGGUGCCGGAAAUGCGGGCAGCACGGCGCAGAAGACGGCCUCCGCAAGUAAGAAGGCCAAGGAGGAGGAGGAAGACAAGCAACGCAUGAGGAAUGCGUUGGGAGGCGCAAUUGUGCGGGUGAAACCCAACGUGAAGUGGUCGGAGAUUGCCGGCCUGGAGGGGGCGAAGGAGGCACUUAAGGAGGCAGUCAUUCUUCCGGUUCGUUUUCCGCAGCUCUUCACUGGCAAUCGUAAGCCGUGGAAGGGGAUUCUCAUGUACGGUCCGCCUGGCACGGGCAAGUCGUUCCUAGCAAAGGCAGUGGCAACCGAGGCAGACGGCACCUUCUUGAGCGUUAGCAGCGCGGAUCUGAUGUCCCGGUGGUUGGGUGACUCGGAAAAGUUGGUGAGAAACCUGUUCGAAAUGGCCCGGGAAGCGUGGAAAACCGACGGGAAACCAGCUAUUAUAUUUAUUGACGAGAUAGAUUCCAUGUGCUCCGCCCGCUCGGAUAAUGAAAACGAUGCCCUGCGUCGCAUUAAAACCGAGUUUCUGGUGCAGAUGCAGGGCGUGGGUCACGAGGAUGACGGCGUGCUGGUGCUGGGUGCCACCAACAUCCCAUGGACGCUUGACAGUGCUGUCCGUCGCCGUUUCGAGCGUCGUAUUUACAUCCCGCUUCCAGACCUCCAGGCGCGGUAUCAGAUGUUUAAAAUUCACAUUGGGGACACCCCCCACACGCUAACGGAGAAGGAUUGGUACGAGUUGGCGCAGAUGACGGACAAGUACAGCGGCAGCGACAUCAACAUUGUUGUGCGCAACGCCAUGAUGGAGUGUAUUAGGUCCGUACAGGUGGCAACUCACUUCAAGCGUGUGACGGGACCAGAUGUGAAGGAUCCCACACGGACGACGAACAACCGUCUGGUGCCGUGUUCGCCCGGGGACCCAGAGGGAUUUAUGAUGACGGCGCAGGAGCUGACGGAGCCGGAGCUGCUGAUGCCGCUCCCAGUGACCAUGCAGGACUUCAUCAAGGCUCUGCGCACCGCCCGCCCCUCUGUUUCGGAUUCUGACAUAACGCAGCACAUCAAGUUCACCGAAGACUUUGGACAGGAGGGUUAG